CAUUGCCGUCAUUGCCGUCAUUGGCAGAUUGGCCGCAAAGGCAUCUCGCUGCGGUAGCCUCUGUCACUCUUCCGUGGACUUCCGGGUGACGAGAAUCAUUUCAUAUAGCAGGUGCAAGCGCAAGAGCCACGAUGUUGUCCUGGAUGCAGGAGGCAGCGAAAAUGAAUCCGUUCUCGUCGCCGUUCACGACGGCCAAGUGCCAGGCGAGCCUGGAGAACGACGCUCGGCCGCUCAUCCCGAAUCGCAACAUCGCCGCCGCCUCCAUCGAGGAAGGUGAUAGUUGCGAAUUUGGAUCAAAUCAUUAUUUUCUGCUAUGCGGUAUCGGAGGUAUUUUGUCCUGCGGCAUCACUCACACCGGCAUCACCCCCUUAGAUUUAGUCAAAUGCCGAAUUCAAGUGGAUCCUCAAAAAUACAAAUCAGUGUUCAAUGGAUUCCGAGUAACUUUCGCCGAAGAUGGAACGCGAGGAUUAGUAAGAGGCUGGGCGCCUACUGCUAUCGGUUACUCUAUCCAGGGAAUGUUUAAAUUUGGUCUUUAUGAAGUUUUCAAAGUCCGAUAUUCGGAGCUGAUCGGCGAAGAGUUUUCUUAUGAAUACAGAACCACUUUAUACUUGAUAUCGUCGGCUUCAGCUGAAUUCUUUGCGGAUAUUGGCUUAGCGCCGUUUGAAGCCGCCAAGGUCAAGAUCCAAACCACGCCAGGGUUUGCUAAUACUUUGAGGCAAGCGAUGCCAAAGAUGGUUGCGGAGGAGGGUAUUUCCGGUUUCUACAAAGGCUUAGUACCGCUGUGGCUGCGUCAGAUCCCAUAUACGAUGAUGAAAUUCGCCUGCUUCGAGCGCACCGUCGAGCUUCUGUAUAAACACGUUGUACCCAAGCCUAGGUCAGAAUGCAGUAAAUCUGAGCAGCUGGUGGUCACGUUUGCAGCCGGAUACAUCGCCGGUGUGUUCUGUGCUAUUGUAUCUCAUCCCGCUGACACGGUGGUGUCGAAGUUGAAUCAAGAGAAGGGAUCAAGCGCGGGCGAAGUCCUGAAGAAGCUUGGUAUGGGAGGUGUGUGGAAGGGCUUGGGACCGAGGAUCGUCAUGAUCGGUACCUUGACCGCGGCGCAAUGGUUCAUAUAUGACGCCGUCAAGGUCUGGCUGCGCAUGCCCCGUCCACCACCGCCCGAAAUGCCAGAAUCUCUCAAGAAGAAAUACGGCCUGGCAUAAGCGCAGCGUGACGCCGGGCACGUUACGUCACCGACCGGAUCGCGUGUUUCACUCGAUCGUCGAUUAGAAAAAGAGAAGCGUAUAAAGCAAUUUCAAUUUGAUCUUCAUAUCGUGCAUUAUUGUGAACGAUGUGUCUUAUCUUAUUUUGGAUAUAUUUAUUCUGCAGCAUUAUGUAACAGUGUCGACGGGCCAGACUGCCGCAAGAUUAUAGAAAACAAUUGUGUCUUACAAAUAGGUGAUAUAGGUUGCUAAUUGUGCCUAUAAUUGUCGGAGGCACAGUAAAUUUAAUUCAUAACAGCAAUGCGGAUUACCCAGAGUAAUCCGCGCGUAAGCUGUCACAUUGUACAUACGAGUGAUCGCUGUAAAUAAACAGAUCGAUUACUCAAUCACAUGCUAUAUUGCUUGAUAUUUCUCCUCUUUCCAAGACGACAUAACAGUAUAACAAUUGAAUCGCGAACGCAUAACAAGGAAAAUAAUAUUUUCUUUAUUGUAAUAUUUUACAAGAUAUACAGAUGAUUUAAUAAAACUUCCGUUUUCUUAUUGCAGACAUAUUGAACUAUGAUGUCAGAAAUUGUGUGAAUUUAUUUCAUGUAAUGUACGUCGAAAUAAACUAAUAUUUUCGCACGGUCAA